AUGAGUGAUAACCCACAACGUAAUCUUCCUCCCAGCCGAACAGGUAUGUUCUGAUGAAAUAUCAUCAAUCAUUUUAUAAUUAAUACACUCACAUUCCGAUUGUUUAUGGUGUGGCUUCAUGAGAAUACACAUGAAUAAUAGCUGAUUAUUAAUUUCAUGAUUUUAAAUGUUAUAAUAGAGAAACACAUUUUGAAGUGUAGAAAAAAUAACAAAUUUAAUACCAAAUUUGCAGGAAGAGAGCUGGAACGUCCACGAUGGACUGUUACACGACGCGAAGAAACACGACACUCCCCGUCCAGGUUGAUAUUAUUGAUUUUUGAAUAGCACUGUAUUUUUUUUUGCAAUUCGAGGGAGACGCAGACUUUAACGUGUGCAGACAAAUCUCUCGCCGAAAAAGGGAGAGAAAUAGUGUGUGGCAGACACACAGCGUGUCGAGACCAGCGAGUGUCUGCGUCUCCUCGAAAUUGCAUUUUUCUAUUAGAAAAAAACACAGUGAUAGUUUUUUUAAUCAUCAUAAAAUCAUGUUUCAGACCGACUUCUCCGUUUCAGUCGAGAAGUGUUACGACAACUGAACGAGUGCAUAUUGUCCAACUUCCUGUGGACGAAACUUCGCAGGUUAACAAUUCCGAGAAUAAAAAUACCCGAUAACAACGAACGAUUUUCAGCUGUCACCAGCACACAUUCUUGCAUUGUCACCCCAUGGAAACACUUCACAAUCUGUAUCCUCUAUCGUAACUACGAAUCAAGUAGGCUAAAUAAAUUUACGAAUCCAGGAAGAAAGACAUUUUACAGGCGGAAGGAGUUGGAUUAAUUGGUGCAUUGACUGCAACAGGAGUUCCAUUGUUUAAUGGAAUAAUAUUCAAUCGUGAUUCGAAACAAACCACAACAAUUAUAACUACGACGACGACAACAUUAAAGAUUCUAGAAGUAAUCUAGACUUCAAAAAAAUAAAUAAUUGUUUUUUUUAGGUUAGCGACAGUGACUCACUUUCCUCCGAUUUCGAUAUUAUCGAUGAGGAUGAAAAUACGUUGACUGUUGAUGUGGAUCUAACUGAAAGAGCAAAAUCACCAAACUAUGUAAUUGUUUCAAAACACGAAUCGAAUGCACCAAUGUCACCAAUAACCAAAGCGAAAUUAAAUGUUGAUUUGGAAAUUCCGACAAAAAUAAACGAAACUCAUAGGAAAGAAGAUAUUGAGAGUUUUCCACUAUCUUCGAUUGUCAAUGUUUAUCAUUGUGGUACAUCAGAUCAUGACGAGAACAUUGAAAGAGUCGCAAAUAUACCGAUUUAUGAAGAAUCACAAUACGUUGCUGAUGAUGAUCAAACAGCAUCUACAUCGUCUUCUUCAUUGGAUAACACAUUUGAACAUCUCGCAUAUCCGAAAUUUGAAGAAUAUAAUCAAGAAGAAAUUCAUUCUACAAGUAGGAAAUUGAAUAUCGAUGAUAUUCCAUUGAAUCAAGAAGUAAACGUCUACCAUUCGAACUUUGAGUAUGUUGCUCAAGUUCCAAAAAAAGGGAAAAUCGAAAAAAGUGAACCAAGCUUGAAAUCUAAAAUUACUGGAUUGUUCAAAAAGUCGCCAUCACAUUUGGAUUAUCCAAUCUCGGAAACUUAUGACGGCCCACUCGAAAAUACCACAAAAGCUUCGAAUAUUGAAGAUAUCCCAUUGGCUCACCAAAUUUCAAAUUAUCCAACUGAAUUUGAGUAUGAAAAAUUGCCAGAACAAACAAUUUCGAUUCAACAAGAAGAAGAAAAGAGAGAGGAGCCAAGCUUGAAAUCUAAAAUUACUGGCCUUUUCAAAAAGUCGCCAUCACAUUUGGAUUAUCCAAUCUCGGAAACUUAUGACGGCCCACUCGAAAAUACCACAAAAGCUUCGAAUAUUGAAGAUAUCCCAUUGGCUCACCAAAUUUCAAAUUAUCCAACUGAAUUUGAGUAUGAAAAAUUGCCAGAGCAAACAAUAUCGAUUCAACCAGAAGAAGAAAAGAGAGAGGAGCCAAGCUUGAAAUCUAAAAUUACUGGCCUCUUCAAAAAGUCGCCAUCACACCUCGAUUAUCCAAUCUCGGAAACUUAUGACGGCCCACUCGAAAAUACCACAAAAGCUUCGAAUAUUGAAGAUAUCCCAUUGGCUCAUCAAAUUUCAAAUUAUCCAACUGAAUUUGAGUAUGAAAAAUUGCCAGAACAAACAAUAUCGAUUCAACAAGAAGGAGAAAAGAGAGAGGAGCCAAGCUUGAAAUCUAAAAUUACUGGCCUCUUCAAAAAGUCGCCAUCACAUUUGGAUUAUCCAAUCUCGGAAACUUAUGACGGCCCACUCGAAAAUACCACAAAAGCUUCGAAUAUUGAAGAUAUCCCAUUGGCUCACCAAAUUUCAAAUUAUCCAACUGAAUUUGAGUAUGAAAAAUUGCCAGAACAAACAAUAUCGAUUCAACAAGAAGGAGAAAAGAGAGAGGAGCCAAGCUUGAAAUCUAAAAUUACUGGCCUCUUCAAAAAGUCGCCAUCACAUUUGGAUUAUCCAAUCUCGGAAACUUAUGACGGCCCACUCGAAAAUACCACAAAAGCUUCGAAUAUUGAAGAUAUCCCAUUGGCUCACCAAAUUUCAAAUUAUCCAACUGAAUUUGAGUAUGAAAAAUUGCCAGAGCAAACAAUUUCGAUUCAACAAGAAGAAGAAAAGAGAGAGGAGCCAAGCUUGAAAUCUAAAAUUACUGGCCUCUUCAAAAAGUCGCCAUCACAUUUGGAUUAUCCAAUCUCGGAAACUUAUGACGGCCCACUCGAAAAUACCACAAAAGCUUCGAAUAUUGAAGAUAUCCCACUGGCUCACCAAAUUUCAAAUUAUCCAACUGAAUUUGAGUAUGAAAAAUUGCCAGAACAAACAAUAUCGAUUCAACAAGAAGGAGAAAAGAGAGAGGAGCCAAGCUUGAAAUCUAAAAUUACUGGCCUCUUCAAAAAGUCGCCAUCACAUUUGGAUUAUCCAAUCUCGGAAACUUAUGACGGCCCACUCGAAAAUACCACAAAAGCUUCGAAUAUUGAAGAUAUCCCAUUGGCUCACCAAAUUUCAAAUUAUCCAACUGAAUUUGAGUAUGAAAAAUUGCCAGAACAAACAAUAUCGAUUCAACAAGAAGGAGAAAAGAGAGAGGAGCCAAGCUUGAAAUCUAAAAUUACUGGCCUCUUCAAAAAGUCGCCAUCACAUUUGGAUUAUCCAAUCUCGGAAACUUAUGACGGCCCACUCGAAAAUACCACAAAAGCUUCGAAUAUUGAAGAUAUCCCAUUGGCUCACCAAAUUUCAAAUUAUCCAACUGAAUUUGAGUAUGAAAAAUUGCCAGAGCAAACAAUUUCGAUUCAACCAGAAGAAGAAAAGAAAGAUGAACCAAGCUUGAAAUCUAAAAUUACUGGAUUGUUCAAAAAGUCGCCAUCACAUUUGGAUUAUCCAAUCUCGGAAACUUAUGACGGCCCACUCGAAAAUACCACAAAAGCUUCGAAUAUUGAAGACAUCCCACUGGCUCACCAAAUUUCAAAUUAUCCAACUGAAUUUGAGUAUGAAAAAUUGCCAGAGCAAACAAUUUCGAUUCAACAAGAAGAAGAAAAGAGAGAGGAGCCAAGCUUGAAAUCUAAAAUUACUGGCCUCUUCAAAAAGUCGCCAUCACACCUCGAUUAUCCAAUCUCGGAAACUUAUGACGGCCCACUCGAAAAUACCACAAAAGCUUCGAAUAUUGAAGAUAUCCCAUUGGCUCACCAAAUUUCAAAUUAUCCAACUGAAUUUGAGCAUGAAAAAUUGCCAGAACAAACAAUAUCGAUUCAACAAGAAGAAGAAAAGAGAGAGGAGCCAAGCUUGAAAUCUAAAAUUACUGGCCUCUUCAAAAAGUCGCCAUCACACCUCGAUUAUCCAAUCUCGGAAACUUAUGACGGCCCACUCGAAAAUACCACAAAAGCUUCGAAUAUUGAAGAUAUCCCAUUGGCUCAUCAAAUUUCAAACUACCCUACUGAAUUUGAGUAUGAAAAAUUGCCAGAGCAAACAAUAUCGAUUCAACAAGAAGAAGAAAAGAGAGAGGAGCCAAGCUUGAAAUCUAAAAUUACUGGCCUCUUCAAAAAGUCGCCAUCACACCUCGAUUAUCCAAUCUCGGAAACUUAUGACGGCCCACUCGAAAAUACCACAAAAGCUUCGAAUAUUGAAGAUAUCCCACUGGCUCAUCAAAUUUCAAACUACCCUACUGAAUUUGAGUAUGAAAAAUUGCCAGAGCAAACAAUAUCGAUUCAACAAGAAGAAGAAAAGAGAGGAGCCAAGCUUGAAAUCUAA